AUGGAACAGGAAAAUGAUUUACAUAAAAUUUUUGUAAUUGAUCCUAUUAAAUUAGCUCAAUACGUAGAUAAAUACGCAAAAAUUACAUUGAUAACUGGAAAAGUUUUAAACGGUUUUGUGUACACCAUAGAUCCUGUUUCACAAAGCGUUAUUUUAAUUUCUUCUGAAAAAUGUCUUGAAAAAGACAACAUAAAAAUUAUUAUGGAUCGUUCAAUAAAAUCAAUGGAAAUAGUACAGGACACACCAAUAGAUGAAGUUAUGCCGAAAGACAUUUUUACACAAAAUUUAUAUUCAGUAUCGAGAGGGUAUGAUAAAGAAAAAGUAAAAAAUUGGUUGGAAAAAAAUUUAAUACCAGUUAUCGAGUGUAAAGAUAAUUUAAUUAUUGAUAAUUUAGAAAUUCAUCCUCCAUAUGGACCUGAACAGUGUUUUAGUAGCAAUUCGAUUGUUUUGUCGAGGAUUCAAAACUUACUUAAGCAAAUGGCUGCAGAAAAAGUAUAA